AUGCUCCCCGAUCUCAAGGGCAAAGUAUUCAUAGUCACAGGCGUGAGUUCUGGCAUAGGUUAUUGCACCGUAACCCACCUAGCAGAACAUGGUGCCCACAUUUAUAUGUGCGCCCGAUCCCCAGAGAAGGGCACAGCAGCCAUCGCCAACAUCAAGAAGAUGCACCCCUCAGCCAACAUUGACCUACUGCAAAUAGGCCUCAUGGACCUCACUAGCGUCGUCGCGGCCGCUAAGCACUUCCUCACCCUCGAAACAGCCCUACAUGGCCUGGUCAACAACGCAGGCAUCAUGGCGACGCCCUUCGAAAUGACCAAAGAUGGCCACGAGGCCCAGUGGCAGACCAACUACCUGGCGCACUGGCUGUUUACGAAGCACUUGCUUCCUCUAAUGCUGCGGACCACCAAGACGCUUCAUCCCGGCAGCGUGCGCAUCGUCAAUCUCACUUCAUCAGGCCAUUUGGGCGCACCCAAGGGUGGCAUCAAUUUCAAGGACUUCUCGCUCAAGGAUAGCGGCCCAUGGGGGCGGUACAGACAGAGCAAGCUCGCCAAUAUCCUGCACGCCAAGAUCCUGCACGAGACGUACGGCCCCGGCUCUCCCAGUGCGCGGAACGGGGAGGGCGAGAUCUGGGUUUCGUCCGUGCAUCCAGGUCUGGUUGAGACGAACCCCGCGACAUUGGUUGGGAACUCUGGCUCAGGUUUAUUGUGUGCUUUCUCGGUCUUACGCAUGUUUGGAUUGAUAUGGCCUGCGAAUAAGGGGUCGUGGACCAGUUUGUUCUGUGUGGCGAGUCGGGAUAUGAAGGCGGAGCAGAGCGGCACGUAUCUCGAGAUUUUUCGGCGGUUUCGCGACCCGAGAUGGCAGAGUGGUGUGGUGAAUGAUGGGACGCUUGCAGAGAUGUUGAAGAAAUGGACUGGGGAGGUGAUGAGGAAGGGAGACUGGGUUUAA